AUGGUAACCGAUGAUGAUUGGAGGGAAGGUUUGAAAGCGCCAACUAAAGAUGUGCGAAAGAAGACAGAAGACGUGGAGUCUCGGCGUAAUGUUACCUUUGAGGAGUAUGGGCUCCGACGUGAGCUCCAGAUGGGUAUCUUCGAGAAGGGCUUCGAACGGCCCAGUCCGGUGCAGGAGGAGGCCAUUCCUGUGGCCCUGCAGGGAAAAGAUGUGCUAGCACGUGCCAAAAACGGCACGGGAAAAACGGCUUCCUUCGUCAUUCCCGUAUUGGAGAAGGUCGACACGCAGUUGCCUCAUAUCCAGGCGCUCCUCAUGGUUCCCACUCGCGAACUCGCGCUACAGACGGCUCAGGUGACAAAAGAGCUUGGCAAGCACAUCACCGGGUUGGAGGUUAUGGUCACAACUGGUGGAACAACACUCCGUGAUGAUAUUUUGCGCCUGCAGAGUGUGGUGCACGUGCUUGUGGCCACACCUGGGCGUGCGGUGGAUCUCGCUAGUAAAGGGACGGCGAAACUCGAUCACUGCCGUAUUAUUGUUCUUGACGAGGCUGACAAGCUGUUGUCGCAGGAGUUCACGAGUCUUAUGAGGGAUCUCUACGGUUUCUUACCCAAAGGUCGUCAGUCGUUGCUCUUUUCAGCUACGUUCCCCGUCACAGUCAAGGACUUUGCGGACAAGUAUCUGCGCAACCCUUACGAAAUCAAUCUCAUGGAGGAGCUGACGCUGCGUGGUGUGACACAGUACUACGCAUUCGUCGAAGAGCGACAAAAAAUUCACUGCCUUAACACACUUUUCAACCGUCUGCAGAUCAAUCAAUCUAUUAUUUUCUGCAAUAGCGUCAACCGUGUGGAAUUACUGGCAAAGAAAAUCACUCAGCUUGGGUAUAGCUGCUACUACAUUCAUGCGCGCAUGCAGCAGCAACAUCGAAACCGUGUCUUUCACGACUUUCGUGAGGGCCACUGCCGUAACCUGGUUUGCUCUGAUUUGAUUACUCGCGGUAUCGACAUUCAGGCUGUGAAUGUGGUGAUCAACUUCGACUUCCCCAAAUACGCGGAGACUUACCUUCACCGCAUUGGCCGAUCUGGCCGUUUCGGUCACUUGGGACUCGCCAUUAACUUCGUGACUUAUGAAGACCGCCAUAAUGUCUAUCGCAUUGAGCAGGAACUCGACACGGAAAUCAAACCGAUCCCUGCUGAAGUCGAUCCUGAGCUGUACACCGCGUAA